GUGUUAAGCCAUGAUGGUGGAGUCUGCAUCAGAGGCAAUACGCAGCACUUCUGCUAAUCAGAAUGGAGUUAGUAAUUUAAGCAGCCAGUCUGAUGGAGGGGGACGAGAGGGCAGCUCGAACGGGGACGCAAACGGUGAAGUGAGUCCCGUGGACCUGUUGCAUCUGCAGCAGCAGCAAGUUCAGGCCCUGCAAGCAGCCAGGCAACUCUUACUUCAUCAAGCAACAGGUCUCAACUCCCCGAACACAAACGAGAAGCAACAGCAAACAGUCCAGACAGUUUUGUAUCAAUCUCCAAGAUUCACCCCAGAUCCCGACCUAUUGGGGAACGGUGUGAUGCGGAAUGGUCUCGGCGUGUUUGGGGAUUCUAGGAGGAGUGCCUCAAUGGUGCCCGUGUCGGUGGCCAUGAUGAAUCCACAGGUCAUCACACCACAGCAAAUGCAGCAGAUCCUGUCCCCACCGCAGCUGCAGGCGUUACUGCAGCAGCAGCAGGCAGUCAUGCUGCAACAGCUUCAGGAGUAUUACAAGAAGCAACAGGAACAGUUACACCUCCAGCUGCUAACGCAGCAACAGCACCAACAGCAGCAGCAACAGCAGCAGCAACAGCAGCAGCAACAACAGCAGCAGCAGCAACAAGCCAUCAAACAGCCAAAGGAGCAACUGGGCAACAAGCAGCUCGCUUUCCAGCAGCAGAUCCUUCAAAUGCAGCAACUGCAGCAGCAGCAUCUCCUCAACCUGCAGCGACAAGGCCUGGUGACCCUCCAGCCCGGACAGCCCACCCUCCCACUACAGACCCUGGCACAAGCAAUGUGUCCAGCAGACUUUCAGCAAUUGUGGAAGGAAAUGACGGGGGUCCAAAGCAUGGAAGACACUCUGAAGAGUGAAAGCCUCGACCUCUCAACCAACAGCUCCACCUCCGGCUCCUUCCUGGCCCCCAAGAUCUCCCCUUCGAUACCCCACCACUCCCUGCUGAAUGGACAGAGUUCGAUCCACACUCCAAAGAGAGAAAGUUUAUCACAUGAAGAAGCCACUGGUGUUCACCCAUUGUUCGGACAUGGCGAGUGCAAGUGGCCAGGCUGUGAAGCUCUCUGCGAUGACAUGGGCCAGUUUCUAAAGCACCUCAACAAUGAACACGCCCUUGAUGAUCGAAGCACGGCGCAGUGUCGCGUUCAGAUGCAAGUCGUGCAGCAACUUGAAAUUCAGCUGUCGAAAGAGACAGAGCGGCUUCAAGCCAUGAUGGCACACCUGCACAUGAGGCCCUCGGACCCCAAGCCGUUUGCCCAGCCUCUGAACCUGGUAUCAAAUAUCACGCUCUCCAAGAGCACGUCGGACAUUUUUCCAGAAAGUUUACCUCACACGCCAACCUCAGCCAACUCAAUCACCCCCAUGAGACAAGGCCCCUCCGUCAUCAGCUCGCCGAGUUUACACAAUAUGGGAGCCAUCAGGAGGAGGCAUUCCGAUAAGUACUGCAUGCCGAUAUCAUCAGAGCUUGCUCAGAAUCACGAGUUUUACAAGAACGCUGACGUACGGCCUCCCUUCACGUACGCAUCCCUCAUCAGACAGGCCAUCUUGGAAGCACCAGACAGACAGCUAACGCUCAACGAGAUUUAUAACUGGUUUACACGAAUGUUUGCGUACUUCCGCAGAAACACAGCCACGUGGAAGAAUGCCGUGCGCCACAACCUUAGUCUCCACAAGUGUUUUGUCCGAGUGGAGAAUGUAAAAGGGGCAGUCUGGACGGUGGAUGAACUAGAGUACCAAAAGAGAAGACCACCAAAGAUGACCGGAAGUCCAACUUUAGUGAAGAAUGUGAUUACAGGUCUUGGAUAUGGAGGAGCACUUACCUCAAGCUACCAGGCAGCUCUGGCCGAGAGUAACCUGCAGCUGCUCAACAGCUCAGCUCUGAUGAACACGUCGGCCAGCGGCUUGAUGCAUGUGGGUCACGAUGACGUCAGCAGCACAGUGGAGCAAGUGAACAGCAACGGGAGCAGCAGUCCGGGGCUCUCCCCUCAGCAACACGGACACCAGGUGCACAUCAAGGAGGAACCUGCAGAUCUUGAGGAGGAUGACCCACCCAUCUCCCUCAUCGCCACAGCCAAUGUGAAUUCAGAGUUGCAGGAAGCGAGGGGGAUGGAGGAGGAGCUGACGGCUGAGGAACUGGAAUAGGAUGGAACUCGAGCACUUCAAGUUUUAACAAAAAAAAAAAAGAGAAAAACAAAAACAGGGUCUGACCUCUUACCUGCACAUCCACCCCAACACUACUCCUGGUCCUGCCUCGGCCGGGCUGAGUGACCGAGUCACGGAGCUAGCUCCUCAUUGCCAACAGACACUUGAAGACUCCAACCGCAACUGUGAUCGCCCACUGACAAUGGAGCUAUGGAACACAAGCCAAUUUGUUGGGUGUAGAUUGAAUGGCUCCAAAUUUUUGAAGUGAAGCUGGUGACUAUUAUUUUCUUCCUUUUACUUCCCAAAUAUUUUGCCGCUUACAUAGAGAUGGCUACUCCUCUUCUGAACUGGCAGGUAGUGACCACAGGCCUGGGAUGUGAAUAAUGUUGCAUUUUCACCAUUAGGGCCAAAAACAGACAUUUUCAACCUGCUUUAAAGG